AUGGCAAGUGAUUCUCUUAGUUCAUUGCCGUAUCGAAAUUACGCUACAAAUGGCGAGCUGCAUCUAUCAACCGGCUUCUUUCAGCGUUACUUCGAAACCGACGGCUCCAUCAAGGAAGUUCCAAUUCUCCAAGUCACACUUGUCAAAAAAUUGGCGGAGGGUUCGACUGGAUAUCCUGAGGCAUGCUUUCGACUGCGACUGUCUGAUGGUCUCUUCAGCUACUCAGCUGUAUUUAUUGCGGCGAGCAUCGAGUCACAAUGCGCUACUGAUGGCUUCGUUGGUAACGCAGAAAACGGCGGUGAAAUUAUUGCAGUCACUGGGCUGCACAUUCAACGUCACUGCUACGUUGGUAAAAAUGGCAACAAAUCCACAGGCAAACCUAUGCUUAUGAUUACUGCUUACGAGCUACUAUCGAGAGGUCAUCCAAUAUUUUCUUUGGGGAUCAGUCAUGCUGGAGAUAAG